GGCCGGCCGCCAUAUUGACGAAAAGACAUCGGAAGAAAGCACAGUAGCAGUAGUAAAAUGGGAAGGAAAAAGAAGAAGCAGUUAAAGCCUUGGUGCUGGUAUCCUUUACUUAAAUGGGGAUGUGAUGACACGAGUGCACUGCUCAUCACGUAGACGAUUAUCAAAAAAGUCAUGGGACUCGUGAUCAUGCUGCUUAUAAACCAUGGGUCCAGGAUUCGCUUUGAAAAAUCACUAGUGACACCCCUGAUGUGGUGUGAAAUUGGAAGACUUUGGAUCUAGAUAGGUCUGCGGUAAACAGGUUAUAGAUUAGAGGUGCGAUGGUCAAGAGACCUAAACAUUGCACCAUAUGACUUACGUAAUUUAGUGUCUUGUCCAAACGAUGCCUGUAGACCCACUAGGCUCAGUAAUGAUGGAGAAAAUAAUUGAUUUAAAAAAAGGAUGAAAAAAGAGCACUGCUUCAUUAUUUUUAUUUUAGCUUGUAGGUUUUCAUUUUAGUCUGUAUUUUUUACCCACAGGCUAAAAUUAGCCUGUGGUAGAAAAAGUUAAUUUCGACCCCUGAGUUAUGACAUUGUUUUUAUGCUUUCACUUUAGUAUUAAACUUUUCUUUUGAUAGUAUUUUGUAUUUCCAACAUUUACAUAUUUAAAGAGAAGCCGCUUUUAAUACAUUUGUCAUCUUCCUCACUGACUCUAGGUCCACUCCGUCCCACUUAGGCAUUCAAAGUUCCACUAAAUGCACCUCCUACACAGAAGAGCUCUUACUUUGAAACUGGCAUAUUGGGACUAUAGACUAACAUGUAGCAUUUCACAACUGUAGUUGUUUAGUCAUGUAUAUAAAGAAUACAUGCUUUCUUUUCAAUCCUGAGUGUUAGUCUUAUGUUGCUUGAGCUCUGUUCUAAUUCAUCCCUAUGUUCUGAAGUCUUGCAUGCCUUCAGAUUCCAUGUUUCGUGGAGUUUUUUUGGUCGUGCCCCAUUUCUUACCCCUAACAGGUUAAAAAUAGGACUUCCCUUGUAUAUAAAGAGCGAGUCUAAUCCAUUCCUUUUAUUUUCUGUAGAAUAAUUAUAAAAAAUGCUUGUGAUUUUAUUCCUUAACAAACAAAUAGGUAUUGUAAUAGAGAAUUUGAUGAUGAAAAAAUUCUCAUCCAGCAUCAGAAGGCCAAGCAUUUCAAAUGUCAUAUUUGUCACAAAAAGCUUUACACAGGACCUGGUCUGUCUAUUCACUGCAUGCAGGUUCAUAAAGAAAAAAUAGAUAAAGUGCCAAAUUCACUGCCAGGAAGAAAUAAUUGUGAAAUAGAAAUUUAUGGAAUGGAGGGAAUUCCAGAGGAGGAUGUAAAAGCACACGAGAAACAGAAGCAGGGAAGUGAUGAGCCCCCCACUAAGAAAUUGAAGGAGGAUACAGACAGUAAUGAUGGAAUGGCUGGUCCCUCUGGCAGCCAGAACAGUCCGAUGCCCCCACCGUAUGGCAUGAACAGAAUGCCAAUGCCUCCUGGUAAUAUGCCUUAUGGCAUGCCACCAAUGCCCCCUAUGGGACCUCCUGGUCCUAUGGGGCCAGGUCCAAUGAUGGGACCUAUGGGUCCCAUGGGGCCAAUGGGUCCUAUGCCACCAAUGGGGCCAAUGGGACCGAUGGGAAUGCCUCCGAUGCCUGGGAUGCCCCCUCGACCUAACUUCAUGCAGAAUGGUCCUCCAGUCUCCAUGCCAGGAUCGAACCCCAUGAGUACACAAAGUGGACCCUCAAAACCCCUUUUCCCAUCAGCGCAGUCAUCAUCAGCGACGAUAUCAGCCCCGCCCACAGCAAACUUUAAAGCUGCCCACACAUCAGCACCGGUCAAACCAACAUUCCCCGCUGCAGCCUCAGCGAUGUCUAACUCUCCCAUCAACAGUAGUGCCACCAUCACAGGAGCACCGCAGAUAAAGAAACCCGAAUCUAGUUCAGGUUUGACAUCCAAACUCAUUCAUCCCGAGGAAGACAUUUCUUUGGAGGAGAAGAGAGCAAUGAUGCCAAAGUACAGAAGAGGCAUGGGAAAUAUGAAUCAGGGACCUGGCCGACCUCCAGCAUCAAUGAUGGGAGGGAUGCCAUCUAAUAUGGGUAUGAACAAUGCAAACGGCAGUGGUGGAUCCAAUAUGUAUGGGAGUGGUAUGCCAUAUCAAGGACAGGGCAAUUACAGGCCUCAGAUGACAAAUCGUCAGUACUGACCUUGACCUGAGUACAGAUCCAAAGACCACCUGAUGUGUUUAGUGUUUCACACAGCUAAGUCUUGGUUUAAGAAUGUUGUGGACAUUAAAAAAUCAUGCAUGAGGGGGGAGGGAGGGGGGUUUCUGUGAAUUUUUCCGCCUACCAGAAAUGGUGAUUUUAAUGUGUUUUAUUGUGCAAAUUAUGUAUUUAUAGAUGUGAAUGAUGUCCAUAAAAUUUCAUUUAAAUAAAAGAUCUGAGUAUAAAGGUAAGAUUUAAAUGACAGCUUUAAAAGUAUUGUAUGCGGUUAGUUAUACCUAGCCAAUGGGUAAGUCAAAGCAGGUCGUAAUUUUUGGAGAAAACUUGUAUCCAUGUCAUUGAAUGCUCAUCCAAUUUUGUCAUCUAUUACUUACAAUAAAUAUUGCAUAUCA